AUGGAGUGUGGAGGAGGACAGAGCAAGGCGGUUCCUUUGCUUGACAAGCCAGCUGGGGCUUCUACGGCUCAGACUCUCGGAAACAUAAUCGUUUCCGUUGUUGGGACCGGCGUUUUGGGUCUCCCUUUCGCUUUGAGAAUCGCUGGCUGGCUUGCGGGUUCGCUUGGUGUGAUUAUUGCUGGCCUCGGCACCUACUAUUGCAUGCUCCUCCUUGUGGAAUGUAGGGAGAAGUUGGCAUCAGUAGAAGACUCAGCAAAUAGAAAAACUUAUGGUGAUUUGGGUUAUGGAUGCAUGGGAAGGACAGGUCGUUAUAUAACCGAAUCUGUGAUUCUGGUUGCCCAAUGUGGAGGCUCUGUGGCGUAUCUUGUAUUUGUUGGGCAAAACCUUUCAUCGAUAUUGAAUGGCUACGGUUUCUCAGUUGCUUCCUGUAUAUUUUUAUUAGUUCCAAUUGAAAUUGGGCUGUCUUGGAUAGGCAGUCUAUCUGCUUUAGCACCCUUUAGUGUCUUUGCAUCAGUCUGCAAUUUGUUGGCUAUGCUAUUUGUGGUGAAAGAAGACAUACAGCAGGCAUUCGAGGGUGAGUUUUCUUUUAGUGAUAGGACCGCGGUCACAUCAAGUAUAGGAGGGUUGCCAUUUGCAGGAGGCGUGGCAGUGUUUUGUUUUGAGGGGUUUGGGAUGACAUUAGCUCUGGAAGGUUCUAUGCGAGACAAAACCUCGUUCCCAAGGUUGCUUGGUCAGGCUUUGACAGGUAUAACCCUUGUCUAUGUUUUAUUCGGAUUCGCCGGUUACAUGGCUUACGGUGAUCAAACCAGAGACAGUGUCACUCUCAAUCUCCCUCGAAAUUGGUCUGCCAUAGUAAUUCAGAUUGGUUUGUGCUUGGGGCUAAUAUUUACGUUCCCAAUCAUGCUACACCCAAUUAAUGAGAUCAUAGAGGGAAAGCUAGCGAAAGUAAAAUGGUUUCAGAAGGCUCAUGACAAUAACGAUGAGUAUUCAACAACACGAAUUGGAAAAUUUGCAAUAUACAUGACUCGAGCAAUGGUGGUGAUCCAAUUGGCAGUCUUGGCCUCAUGUGUUCCAGGGUUUGCAGUAUUUGCCUCGCUUGUGGGGAGUACUGUAUGUGCACUGAUCUCGUUUGUUUUGCCAGCUACAUUUCACUUAGCAUUAUUGGGUUCUUCUCUAAAACUCUGGCAGAGAACUGUGGAUUUUUCCAUUUUAUUGUGUGGAAUGCUUUUCGCUGCUUACGGUACUUACAAUGCCAUAGUCGGUGUUUGA